UUUCCGCUGCAGAGUAUUUCCUUGCUCCGUGCCAAGAGGACCUUCAUGUGAAACAUUCAUUCGUGAUUUCACUUGAACAAAUAAUAAUAAAUUCGUCAAUAUCCUACCGAUGUGGCGAGGUCUGUUGAGGGGUAAAUUGAAAAAGUCCUAAGCCUUGCUUAAGUGUGAAAGGAGAGUUUAGUUUAGAUAAAUAACAUUCCACCAAAUGGAAAUCAUGCAAGGGACUUUCUGAUCCCUCUGUAUAUUUGUGAGGAUUCUUUUCACAAUAAAUUGAUCGGUAAGAGGAAAAACUGCGAGCAAUAUUCAACUUGAAGUAAACAUUCACACACACGACUUGAAGUUGGAAAACGACACAUUUUCAUAUCCAAUUCGUAUGUCGACAUGGAGAAAAUUAAGGUCAAUAUCCACCUUUUCUUCGAAAUUCUGUAUUUUUAAUAAUAUUGAAUAUAUUAGAGUAAAUAAAAAUGAAAUUGUUCGGAAAAGAUCAGGCUACAAUUUGGUGUUGAAAACUGUUCUGAAUUUCCAGUGGGUCACUCCACAGGGUGUCCCAAAAACUCUGAAAAUUACUGACUUUCAUUCCAUCCCUGUAUAUGAUAUAAAGACGAAUCAUUUACUAACGGUAAUACGUCAGAUGUAUUCCUGAAGAAUCAAGCUACAAUCUGUGAAAAAUUCAUCGAAAUCGAGCGGAGGGUUAGGUGUGUGUAUAUUACUUUGGUUAGAUCUGUUUUGGACCAUUUCUUCCGGUAACCUCUGUCUCGCAUAGGGAGUCCACUUCAUUUUUGAUUCUUCUUCUACUGAUAGCUGAUUGAGAAAAUGCUUGAAACACUCAACCCCACCCAUUCUGAAUGCAAUGUAACAAAAGACUCAAUUUUCAACAGCAUCAACAAAUAGAAUCUUCGUGACAAGUUGGCCUUCAGAGAAUCAAUUUAAACAAAAAUAAACGACUUAUUCAAGCAAGCAUAUACGGAUAUCUUGAAUUUCAAAGUCUAAAUUAUCCAGAAAUAUCUGGCACGUUUCAGACAAAGACAAAACAAUAAGUAUUGUAGGGACAAAAAACUGUUGUUGUGGGUGAUGUAAAGAUAAUGCCCGAUACUUUGGACUUUUGAUUUUUCACAUUUUCGGAUUAUUUUAUUAACCAUCAUAAAUACAUAUAGGUACGACGUUAGAGAAAUAAUUGUAUAUUUAAUCCAAAACAGUUAAAAAAUAAUAAUAAUAAAUAAUUUCCAGUGGAAAUACCAUAUUUUUAUUAAACAUAUUAUUAACAUAUUGAUUAGUUUUAUCAGAUUAGUUAUUUAUUUUUGAUAGUAAGCCAAGCAGUCGAACAUGCAAUUAUUAAACCAAGAACACUAAAUUUAUUUGCACAGCAAAGUUAAUGAGUGGUACUUUCCGUUAAAAUGCCCUAGGUACCUAUCAUUAAACAAUUCGGGUAUUUUCCUAAAACAAUUUACUUUGUAUACAAUAUAUUAUAAGAAAAGGUUUUUGGACUGGCUGAUUCAGUGAAACUUGAGCUCAGCCCCAAACACUAUUAAAAAAAUAUAGUCUUGAAUAACUCGUAUUAGUUUAUAUUUUUGUUACAAUUAAGUUUUCAUCAUGCCCGAUAUGGGAGGAAGCAACCGUUCUGCCAAGAAAUCAUAUGCUACUGAAGCAGCAAGAGCCAUCAAGUAUAGGAACGCCAACCUGGGACUUUUUGAGCAGCUCCGAGGAGUGGCUGUUGUGAAUGGAACUGUUAAAGACCUUUCACCAAAGGUGAAAUCCUAUGUAGAAGAGAACGUGGAUCUCUGUCAGCCAGAAAAAAUCCACAUUUGUGAUGGUUCCGAAACCGAAAACCAUCAUCUUAUUGAAUUCAUGCAAAGCCAGGGUACCAUUGUGAACUUGCCCAAAUACGAAAAUUGUUGGCUAGCAAAAACUAACCCAGCUGAUACCGCUCGUGUGGAAUCGAAAACUUUCAUUUGUACUGAGGAACGCUCUGAAACCAUCCCGACCCCAAAAGAUGGCAUAAAAGGUACUUUGGGCAACUGGAUUUCACCCAAGCAAAUGGACCAGGCCAUCGAAGAAAGAUUUACAGGAUGCAUGAGAGGCCGUACCAUGUACAUCGUACCAUUCUCCAUGGGCCCAAUUGUAUCGCCGCUAUCCAAAAUCGGUAUUGAACUUACUGAUUCUCCAUAUGUGGUAGCUUCGAUGAGGAUCAUGACCAGAAUAGGAUACCAAGUGCUUCAGAAACUACAGGAAAGUGACGACUUUGUCAAGUGUCUUCACUCGGUUGGUACCCCGUCCAGUGGGUUCACUGAAAUGCCCAGCUGGCCCUGCGACCCAGAAAGAACCAUCAUUUUACAUAAACCCAAAGAGAACAAAAUCGUUUCUUAUGGUAGCGGUUACGGAGGUAACUCGCUACUUGGUAAGAAAUGCUUUGCUUUGAGAAUUGGAUCAACGAUCGCUAAGAGAGAAGGAUGGUUGGCUGAACAUAUGUUGAUUUUGGGUAUAACAAACCCCCAAGGUCAAAAACGCUACAUCGCCGCAGCAUUUCCUUCAGCAUGUGGAAAAACCAAUCUUGCCAUGAUGACUCCUAGUCUACCAGGUUAUAAAGUCGAAUGCGUCGGAGACGACAUUGCAUGGAUGAGAUUCGACAAAAACGGCCAACUCAGAGCAAUUAACCCAGAGAAUGGUUUCUUCGGCGUAGCCCCAGGUACCUCGACCAAAAGCAACCCGAUCGCAAUGAGCACCAUUUUCAAAAACACCAUUUUCACCAACGUUGCUUCUACUAGUGAUGGCGGUGUCUUUUGGGAAGGCAUGGAAGACGAUUUGAAUCCAGCAGCUACCAUUACCGAUUGGAGAGGCAACAAAUGGACUAAGGCUAGCAAAACACCUGCUGCACAUCCUAAUUCUAGAUUCUGCACGCCAGCUGGCCAAUGUCCCAUUAUUGAUCCGCAAUGGGAAGCCCCAGAAGGUGUUCCGAUUUCAGCUAUUUUGUUUGGAGGACGAAGACCUGCUGGUGUACCAUUAGUUUACGAGGCUAGAGAUUGGAAACAUGGAGUUCUAAUUGGGGCUUCCAUGAGAUCUGAAGCAACUGCUGCUGCUGAACACAAGGGCAAAGUUAUCAUGCACGAUCCCUUCGCAAUGCGUCCCUUCUUCGGCUAUAACUUCGGCCAUUACCUCAAACACUGGCUGUCAAUGGAAGAACGUUCAACAAACCUUCCGAAAAUCUUCCACGUGAAUUGGUUCAGGAAAAGUUCCGAGGGCAAAUUUUUAUGGCCAGGUUUUGGUGAGAACUCCAGAGUUUUGGAUUGGAUUUUAAGAAGAUUGGACAAUGAAGAUUGCAGCACCGAAACUCCCAUUGGCUUAGUGCCAAGCGAAAAUGCUAUUAACUUGAGCGGGCUCGAUGAAGAAGUCGAUAUGGGGCAAUUGUUUGGACUAUCCAAGAACUUCUGGUUAGAGGAAGUUUUCGCUAUUGAAAAAUAUUUCAAGGAACAAGUUGGCGAUGAUUUACCCGAAGAGAUUCGUGCACAAUUGAAAGCGCUUAAAAGACGUGUGGAAUCGAUGAAUUAGAAUUUUAUAUAAAAUCAUUUAUAUAUUUAUGUUUAUAUAAUUGCAUAUACUUAAUUUUGAUAUUUAUACAGUUGAUAGUAUUUUACUUUUAAGGCAAAGUAAUUGUUGUAAGCUUUUUUAAAUUUAAGACUGUUUUAUAUUAUUUUUAAGAUUUUUUUUUAAAUAAAAUUUCAUAAAGGGUAAUAAUUGAA